CAUGGGAAUAGCAGUUGCAGGUACGGAUUCUUUAAGCGAGAGAGCAGCAAUGAUGAGGGAAGCUCUUCUCAAGAGCCAAACAAUCACGGACAACGUCGUCACCAUUCUCGGCUCCUUCGACAGUCGCCUCUCCGCCCUCGAAACCGCCAUGCGACCUACUCAGAUUAGAACUCAUGCUAUAAGGAAAGCUCAUGAGAAUAUAGACAAGUCUUUGAAGUCCGCCGAAGUCAUUUUGGCGCAAUUCGAUCUCUCUCGUCAGGCGGAGGCUAAAAUACUUAAGGGGCCGCAUGAAGAUCUUGAAGGUUAUCUGGGAGCAAUUGAUCAGCUAAGGAGCAACAUUCAGUUUUUUAGCAGCAACAAAAACUUUAGGAAUAACGACGGAGUGCUUAAUCAGUCUAACACUUUACUUGCUAAAGCUAUUUCGAAGCUAGAGGACGAGUUUAAGCAGCGAUUAAAUUCUUACAGCAAACCUAUUGAGCCUGAUCGUCUGUUUGAUGGCCUUCCAAAUGCGCUACGUCCAUCAUCAGGGUCACCUGGAAAUCAAGGAGAGGCUGGCGCCAAGGCUACAUCCCAUAGCCAUUCUGAGCAUCACAAUAUUGACUUAGAAACUGCUGUGUAUACCCCUCCCACUCUUAUACCUCCUCGAGUUAUGCCAUUGCUGCAUGAUCUGGCCAAGCAGAUAGUUCGAGCUGGUCACCAACAGCAGUUACUCAGGAUCUAUAAAGAAACUCGUUCUUUGGUCCUGGAAGAAAGUCUCCAGAAAUUGGGCGUUGAAAAACUUAGCAAAGAUGAUGUCCAGAAGAUGCAGUGGGAGGUUCUGGAAGCAAAGAUUGGAAAUUGGAUUCACUUUAUGCGUAUUGCUGUCAAACUACUAUUUGCUGGAGAACGAAAAGUUUGUGAUCAAAUGUUUGAAGGCUUUGAUUCUCUUAGUGAUCAAUGUUUUGCUGAAGUUACUGCAAGUAGUGUUUCUGUUCUACUCAGUUUUGGUGAGGCGAUUGCGAGAAGCAAGAGAUCGCCAGAAAAGUUAUUUGUACUUCUAGACAUGUAUGAGAUAAUGAGAGAGCUUCACUCUGAGAUUGAAACCAUUUUCAGAGGUAAAGCAUGUACUGAGAUUAGAGAAUCUGCAUUGGGCUUAACAAAGCGACUUGCCCAGACAGCUCAGGAUACCUUUGGUGAUUUUGAAGAAGCAGUUGAAAAAGAUGCAACAAAAACUUCUGUUUUGGAUGGAACUGUCCAUCCUUUAACCAGCUAUGUGAUUAAUUAUGUAAAAUUUUUAUUCGACUACCAAUCAACAUUGAAGCAACUCUUCCAGGAAUUUGAAACUGGUGAUGAAACGGGAUCUCAGUUGGCUUCUGUAACAAUGAGAAUAAUGCAGGCUCUUCAAACAAAUUUGGAUGGAAAAUCCAAGCAGUAUAAAGAUCCUUCUUUGACUCACUUAUUUCUCAUGAAUAAUAUUCAUUAUAUGGUGAGAUCUGUGCGCAGGUCCGAAGCCAAAGACCUGUUGGGGGAUGAUUGGGUCCAAAGACACAGGAGGAUUGUGCAGCAGCAUGCAAACCAAUACAAAAGGAAUGCUUGGCAAAAGAUCCUUCAGUGCCUGUCUAUACAAGGAAUGACCUCAUCCGGAGGUGGUAGUGCAGUAGGUGAUGGAGGCAAUAGCAGUGGAGUUUCCAGAGCAUUGGUUAAAGACAGGUUCAAGAUUUUCAAUAUGCAAUUUGAGGAGCUUCAUCAAAGACAAUCUCAAUGGACGGUGCCUGACACGGAAUUGAGAGAGUCCCUGAGGCUUGCAGUUGCGGAAGUGUUGUUGCCUGCCUAUAGAUCAUUCCUGAAACGCUUCGGGCCUAUAGUUGAGAAUGGGAAGAAUCCUCAGAAGUACGUGAAGUACACAGCAGAGGACCUCGAACGAAUGUUGGGAGAAUUCUUCGAAGGCAAGAAUUUAAGCGAACCUAAACGAUAGUCUUGAUCCCGCUGCUUUCGCGAAUCGACUAGUGAGACUGUUUUUCAGGUAUGUAGCCCGUAUCGCAGAUCAUUGCUUGAAUGUGUGGUGGUGGUUCUGUAUCUGAAGUUUUUUGUUGAUCUUUAAAUUGCAAUAAGAUUUGUUGGUUGUGAGGAAAGCAAAAGCAAAAGGAAACCCAAAAUUUGUUUUUGUAAAAAUGUGUGCUGUCUAUUACGGAUUCAAUUUCACUG